AUGGAUCAGCAAAGUAGCAGUGGCAUAGAAUCAAAUAGUUCUUUCAAUGAUGACCAUAAUUCGCAACAUAUGAAAUCGCACACUCAAUCAAAUGCGACUAUUUCAACUGAUAAAAAACAAGUAAAUAUAAUAUUAUUGUUAAAUUUUGAAGAUGAAGAGCAAAGUAAAGAAUGUCAUUUGAAUGAUAUGAUUCAAGCAUAUAAGUCCAUUAUUAGUCAUAUUGGAGAAGACGUAGAACGACAAGGCUUGUUGAAAACCCCUGAAAGGGCCGCUAAGGCAAUGUUAUACUUCACCAAAGGAUACGAGCAAAAUUUAGAUGAUGUUCUUAAUGAAGCAAUUUUCGAUGAAGAUCACGACGAGAUGAUCAUUGUGAAGGAAAUUGAAAUGUUUUCUCUUUGCGAGCAUCAUUUAGUCCCCUUUUUUGGUAAGGUACACAUUGGAUACUUACCAAGUAAGAAAGUUUUGGGAGUUAGCAAACUGGCCAGAAUAGUGGAAAUGUUUUGCAGAAGAUUACAAGUACAAGAACGACUUACAAAGCAAAUAGCCACAGCGGUGCUUCAGGCUGCGCAACCAAAAGGCGUCGCAGUUGUCAUUGAAGCUUCUCACAUGUGCAUGGUAAUGCGUGGAGUUCAGAAGAUAAAUGCCAUUACAUCAACCAGUUGUAUGCUGGGCAUUUUCCGCGAUGAUCCAAACACACGCGAACAAUUUCUCAGUUUAAUCAAAAAGUAA